AUGAGUAUUGAUUUCCAGCUAAGCACUAGUGGAAUCCUGGAUCUUGGUACCUUGGAACUUUGCCUGGAAAUAAUAUGUGGAGGAAUAGAUGGAACCCUAAAUUGCACUAGAUGUCAUCUCAUACACGUGUUAUCUGCAACAUGGGGUCGCCACGAAGAUGAAAGUGUUUGCACUCAUCCAUGGAUACAUACCACUGAUUGUGGUGAAUGGGAUAAUGCGCUGGAAGUCACUGCUGGGCAUUGCAACAAUAGAUCCACUUGUUCUCUGUCCCCAGGCCGGAGUUUGUUUGGUUAUGAUCCCUGUGAAAAUACCCACAAGUACUUGGAAAUUGACUUCGAAUGCAUUCAAGGUUGUUCAAGUGAUGAUGGUAGCAGUAAUUGUAACAAACCAAACAAGGUAAUGGAGUACUUUAAAGAAUUUGACGGUUGUGUUUUAUCAAACCUUAACCACAUAAAAGGCCUACAAACGAAAAUAGAGUAUUUUAACGAAAGGAACUAUGUUGGAAUUGCAAAGAUAAUAAGUACAGAUGGUAUUCAAUGGGUAAGCAACAGCUUGCAACUUGUUGAUGGCACCAAAAUAGAGUUUGAUCUUCAGGUUCAAAUGAAAGGUGAUGUGCUGCUAGUUGCAACUUUUACUAACCAUACAAUAGAAACCAAUGAAGCUGUUAAUGACACUGUUGUCAUUGGAGGAGUAGAUAGUACGGAUGAAUAUCGAUAUUUGACGGAACUAUUUAUGUGCAAUGUUUAUGAUAUCGUAAACAUUUCCCGCCUCGAAGCAAAAUUGAAUUUUAGCAUAUUUCAGAAAAUGGAAACAUACACUGAAAAUGAAGCUGUUGACAAAGAACCAACUUGUCUAUUUUUCAACGAAACACAAAAGACUUGGAGUGAUGAAGGUGUGAUAACCACUGACCAUUCUCAAGACAAAGUAUCUUGCUUUUCUGACCAUAUUACCAGUUUCAGCGUAUUGAUGAAAGUUACUAAGGCAGAAGGCAACAAAACUUUGAGUCUGAUAUCGGGAGUGUGCGUUUCUCUGUCACUUAUCGCUUUGGUUGUUUCUCUCAUCGUCUACUGCUUAUUUCUGGAACUAUGGAAAUCACUCCGCGUUUCAAUUCACAAAAACCUGGUCGUUAACAUGAUUUUGAUGCAAUCACUCUUUAUUUUUGGGAUCGACAAGACAGGCCACAAAAUCGGAUGUGCAGUUGUUAGUGUUCUUCUUCACUUUACUGCGCUGAAUACUUUCACUUGGAUGUUUGGUGAAGCGGUGUACUUGCUUUUCAAAGUUUCCACAUCAGCUCCUAGCCAACACAACCAACUUCGAAAUUACAUGGCAGUGUGCUAUGGUAUUCCCCUUAUCAUCGUUGCCAUUUCUUCGGCUGGAAUCCCAUCCGGACACAAUCAUGAUGACAUUUGUUGGCUUGGUCAGGAAAGAGGAAUGAUAUGGGCAUUCGUAGCACCAGCGAUUUCAAUUGCUAUGGUUAACACUGGAAUAAUGUGCAUUGUUUUGAGAAUAAUCUACAAACGAGCCGGUAAUAUGGUAGGAAAACCAGCUGCAGAGAGGACUAAGUUUAAACAAUUGAGAAAAACUACUCGUGCUACAAUUAUGCUGCUACCACUCAUGGGCACCACGUGGCUUUUCGGACCGUUUGCUGCCAAUUUUGAUACUGUAUUCCUUGAUUAUGUGUUUAACUUGCUUAACGGAUGUCAAGGAAUCUUCAUAUUCCUUAUCUAUUGCGUCUUUGAUAAUGAGACAAAGGAGUGUUUUAAAAAACGAUUCAAGAAAAAUGAAGUAAUUCCACAGACUGAAAUGACGCAAAACCAAUGAAUAUGCAUACUUUUUGCAUACGUAUUCACUAUUACUGAAGGUCAUUAUAGUAGUCAAAAUAAAUGCACUAUAUUUUCAUGUGAGCACUGCAUCUAAAUAAAAUUGCAUGUGGUAAUAAUUUUUUUUAAUAGAAAAAACAGUGUCUCGUUCACGAUCCAGUUUACUGAAAAUAAUUACAGAAAAGGGUGUAUCUGACUGUCUAGUCUUAAUAUUGAAACGUCAGAUACCUUAUGUGCUUAAAAAUUGUGUUUUAAAUGAAACGGAUGAUCAGCGUAUUUGAAAGCCAGAUACACUUGUGUUUGCGUUUAGGCAAUGAAAAGCGUUUCAGAUCCUUAUCAGGAAUUAUGCUUGUAAUUUAAAUAGCCUUUUCUCAUGUCGCUAAACCUAACAAAAAGCCUUACA